AGAAAGAACAGACAAUGAUGACGGAGGACCACCUGUUGAAGAUCCCCGUGGCGCCGCCCUCGCCCCGCGGCGAGUCUCCCGCCGGCGGCGGGAUGGACGACGGCCGAGGAGCCCAGAGUCCGUCCCCGGGCAAAGCUGCGAGCCCGGCUCUGGUGUGCAGAGUGUGCGGGGACACCAGCAGCGGGAAGCACUACGGCAUCUACGCCUGCAACGGCUGCAGCGGCUUCUUCAAGCGCAGCGUGAGGAGGAGGCUCAUCUACAGGUGCCAGGCCGGUACAGGCAUGUGUCCAGUGGACAAAGCUCAUCGCAACCAGUGCCAGGCGUGUCGGCUGAAGAAGUGCCUGCAGGCGGGCAUGAACAAAGACGCAGUGCAGAACGAGCGGCAGCCCCGCAGCACAGCUCAGGUGCGCCUGGACUCCAUCGACGUGGACCCUGACAAGGAGCACCUGGCCACCACGCGGGAGCCCACCUCCUCCUCCUCCUCCUCUUCCUCCUCGUCCUCCUCCUCCGCCUCCUCGUCCUCCUUCUCCUCAGUCAUCACGUGGCCCCACAUUACCUCCUCCGCGUCCAUCACCUCCUCUGCUGCCCCCCAGCGCUGCAUCACCCCCCAGAACAACCACCGCUUCAUGGCCAGCCUCAUGACGGCCGAGACCUGCGCCAAGCUGGAGCCCGAGGACGUGGACGAGAACAUCGACGUGACGGGUAACGAGCCGGAGCGAGCCUCCUCCGAGUACCACGUGGCCCUGUACCCGUCCAGCUCCGAGAACGUGUUCGAGACCUCGGCCAGGCUGCUCUUCAUGUCGGUGAAGUGGACCAAGAACCUGCCCGUGUUUUCUAACCUGCCCUUCAGAGACCAGGUGAUCCUGCUGGAGGAGGCGUGGAGCGAGCUCUUCCUGCUCUGCGCCAUCCAGUGGUCUCUGCCUCUGGACAGCUGCCCGCUGCUCUCUCUGCCCGACCUCUGCCCCCCCGGCUCGCAGGGGAAGACCAGCUACACCAGCCUGGACCUGCGCCUCCUGCAGGAGGUCUUCAGCCGCUUCAAGGCCCUCGCCGUCGAUCCCACCGAGUUCGCCUGCCUCAAGGCCAUCGUGCUCUUCAAACCGGAGACUCGUGGUUUGAAGGAUCCGGAGCAGGUGGAGAACCUGCAGGAUCAGUCGCAGGUGAUGCUGGGACAGCACAUCUGCUCCCACUACCCGAGUCAACCAUCCAGAUUUGGAAAGCUGCUCCUGCUCCUUCCCUCUCUGCGCUUUGUGAACUCGGAGCGGAUCGAGCUGCUGUUCUUCCACCGGACCAUCGGGAACACUCCCAUGGAGAAGCUGCUGUGUGACAUGUUCAAGAACUAGGAGCCCUGCGUUUUGACUGAUGCCUGCUUUGUGUUGCUGUUUACGCAUCAGAGAUUCUGCGUGCUGUUGUUGUUCCUUAAAUGCCACUUUAUUGUUUGUUUGUCGUUUCCACAUCAGGUCGUUCUGAAAAUCCCAUUCUGACCCUCAUGCUUGCUUGUCCAUUUGUAUCAUAUUUAGAUGUUGAUUUGUGUCCGUAGCGUCUCACCAUGCAGAUCUUUAUUCGUUUGGUGAUAGAUGGGCUGUGAAUCCCUGCGAUAUUCAUAUUUUAAUGUCUUGACGAAGUAAAAAUAUGCUUGAAAAUGUUUUUGAUCGUUUUUUUUUUUUAGUGUCCCUGUAGCGAUUGAGGCUAGAUACCUCAUCACGCAUGUACCUGUAGAUACAAAUUCAUAGGAAAAUA